AUGAAGAUAUGGAUGAAGGCUGUUUCAACGUUAAUGAGGCCCAAUUUGAUUAAGACUUGUCCUCUAAAUAAAAAAUCAAGAGUGGAUGAUUCCAUCAUUGGAGUUGGGGAGCUAUUUGAUGAGAAAGAGGUUGGAUUCAAUGCCAAGGUUGUCACUGCCAUCUGCAGAGAGCUACCAGCCCUUACAGCUCUCAAUCUAUCCCACAAUUUUAUAUCAAAUGAUGGAAUUGAGAUGCUCCAACUAACGAAUAUGCGCGUCUUAGUGUUGAACAAUACUGGCAUAAACUGGAUGCAGGUUGAAAUACUUAGAAAUUCUCUUCCAGUGAUUGAAGAGCUACAUCUGAUGGGAAAUAAGUUGAGGGAAAUAACGCGGACAACUUCCAUCACUGUCCAACAAUUUGGGUCUCUGCGGCUUAUUAAUUUAGAAGAUAAUUAUAUAUCCAACUGGGAUGAGAUCUUGAAGCUUUCUCAAGUAAGAAGCUUGGAGAAGCUUCAUUUGAAUAAGAACAAUUUACACCGCAUUUGGUACCCUAAUUGUGAUACAAUACAUGAACUGCUCAAUGGUUGUGGAUCCCUUGAGAAAAGCAAUAGGCCUUUUCAAAAUUUGCGCUGCCUUCUUCUAGGAUCUAAUAAUAUUGAGGAUCUGGCUUCUAUUGACUCGCUAAAUUCUUUUCCCACCUUGAAGGUAAGGUUUGUAACGUGAGCAAUGUGAUGUGUCCCUGGACUUCUUAUUAAGAAUCCUUUUGGUUUUGUUAGAAAUAUAUCUAGCAAUGGUGUG